AUGUCCGCCCCUGCCGCACACGACGUCGACGCACUCCGCAACAGCUGGACCAAGGCCGGCCAGGGCCACGUCUUCACGUUCUGGAACCAGCUCUCUCCCUCGGACCAGGCGUCGCUGUACCGCCAGCUCGAGUCGAUCAACCCGACGCGGGUCAACGGCAUCCACGCCGCCGCCCUCCAGGCCGACAAGGACGCCGCCGCGUCGACCGCCGACGACAUCGAGCCUCCUCCCGCCGACCACUCCGAGUCGGUCAUCGGUCGCGACCGCGACGCCGCCGAGUGGACCGCCGCCGGGCUCGCCGCCGUGCGCGAGGGCAAGGUCGCCGUCGUCCUCAUGGCCGGCGGCCAGGGCACUCGCCUCGGCAGUUCGGCGCCCAAGGGCUGCUACAACAUUGGGCUCGCGAGCGGAAAGAGCCUGUUCCAGCUCCAGGCCGAGCGCAUCCGCCGCCUCGAGCUCAACGCCAACGAGGGCAAGACGAGCGCCGGUGACGGCGACAAGCAGGGCGAGGUCCCGUGGUACAUCAUGACGAGCGGGCCGACGCGCAAGCCGACCGAGGCGUUCUUCGAGGAGCACGACUAUUUUGGCCUGCGCAAGGACAACGUCGUCUUCUUCGAGCAGGGCGUCCUCCCGUGCCUGACCGACGACGGCAAGGUGUUCCUCGACUCGCCCUCGUCGGUCGCGGUCGCACCCGAUGGCAACGGCGGCCUGUACGCCGCCCUGCGCGCGCCCCUGUCGUCGUCGUCGGCGGUGGCCCAAGACGGUGCCCCGACCGUCCUGUCGGACCUCGCUCGCCGCGGCAUCGCCUACGUGCACUGCUACGGCGUCGACAACUGCCUCGUGCGCGUUGCCGACCCGACGUUCGUCGGCUUCUGCGCGCAGCGCGACGCCGACUGCGGCGUCAAGGUGGUCAAGAAGACGGACCCCAAGGAGAGCGUCGGGGUCGUCGCCGUCAAACAGGGCAAGUACGCCGUCGUCGAGUACUCGGAGAUCUCGCAGGCCAUGGCAGAGCGCCGCCUCGACGACGACGCAAAGGGCGACGCAAAGGGCGACGCAAAGGGCGACCUCGCGUUCCGGGCCGCCAACGUCGCCAACCACUUUUUCUCGCGCGCGUUCCUCGAGCGCGUGUGCGCGCUCGACGAGAGCGACAUGCCGUUCCACAUUGCGCGCAAAAAGAUCCCGCACGUCGACCUCUCAUCGCCAUCGGGCGCCGUGGUCAAGCCGACCUCGCCCAACGGCCUGAAGCUCGAGCUGUUUGUGUUUGACGUGCUCGCGUUUGCCGAGCGGUUCGCGCUCCUCGAGGUGGACCGCCGGCGCGAGUUUUCGCCGCUCAAGAACGCGCCCGGGUCGGGCGUCGACUGCCCAGAGACGAGCGUUCGGGACCUCGAAGCCGAGCAGCAAAGGUGGCUCGAGGAGGCCGGCGCGAGGGUCGAGCUGCCCGAGGGCGAGCGGGUCGAGCUGAGCCCGCUCGUGAGCUACGCGGGCGAGGGGCUCGAGCGCGUAAAGGGGCGCAGGAUCGUCCGUGGGGGCGUCGUCGAGCGCGUCGAGGACCUCGAUGCGCUGUGUGCGUAAGGAUGUGCGCGCGCAACGGGGAGGGGGGGCGCGCAGGUCAUGGACACUUCUCGGGCGGGGCGCGACGAGUUGUAGCUGUCGCACUCCCUCUCUGUCUCUCUCUCUCGAUCGAUCUCGCAACUGCAGGUCUCUCUACCUUCC